AUGAAAAGAUAUCCAAAAAAAAAUAUUGAUUAGAUUUAAAACAAAAUAGAAUAUGAGGCUUCUCAUAGAAAAAGUUUUUUUUAAAGAAAAUUUGUCAGAAUGGAAUGGAGCAGAAGGAAAAUCCCAAAAGUUUAAGGAGAAUUUGAUUUACAAAUUGAAGUUAUGUUAAUAGGUAAACAUAAUUUACCAAAGAAGAAAUAAUUGAUGGUUUGGUAAAAUAUAAUGAAAACAACUAAAAGAAAUGUAUUAAAAUAAAUUUAUUCAGGGUGAUAAUUGCUGGCUAGAUUACGAAAAUUCAAUACUUGAGAGCCUACAAAACGAAGAAUAUGGAGAAGGGAUAAAAUUAACAAAAUGCUUUGAUGAAAUAAUUAUUUUCGGGGAAGUUGCCUCUUUAUUCCCUAUUAUAAGGAGAUUUACAAUUCAAUUAGAUUUCUUAAAACAAUUUGAAGUGAUAAAAUAAAUUUCAUAAGAAGUACUAUUUUUUACUACAUUAGACAUAUAGAAUUUAAAGAAGAAAUGGAUCUCGUGAUUAUUAGUGUUCUAUUUACUAGAAAAAUUAACUCACAUCAUAAAUUGAAGCAUAAUUGGAAAAAUAAAUUUAUAUUUAAAGAAGAAUAAACUAUGAAUAUUUGCAACAGUUUUAUGAGGUAUUUGAGAGCCCCGAAUAGAUCAUUGUAAUUACUGAAUUGACUCUAGGAGGAACAUUGAGUAAUUAUAUUUAAAAAUUUCCUACACUUUCUGAAGAGAAGGCUCAGAAAUUAAUGUUUAAGAUUUUCAAAGGGUUGGCUUAUCUUCAUUCAAAAAAUAUAAUGCAUAGAGAUAUUAAACCAGAAAAUAUUUGGCUUGGAUUAAAUGGAAGUUUAGAGAAUCCCUGUUUAAGUUCUUAUGGAUUGGCUGAGAUAGUAUAAUAGAAUAUUGGUUCAGCAGAUUCAGAUAAUGAAUAAUAAACUCCUGAAUAUUUAAUGCAAAGAUUUGGCACACCUGGUUAUACAGCCCCUGAAAUAUUAAGAAAUGAAUAUUAUGAUCAAAAGGCAGAUGUUUUUAGUGCAGGAAUCGUUAUGUAUUACUCCUUAUGCGGAAAAAUUCCUUUUUAAGGACCUAAUUUAUAAUGUGUAAUAGAGUCCAAUUUAGAAUGUCAUAUUGAUUAUUCUAAGUUGUAUUUAAGUGAUGAAGGUGUUAAUUUUAUAAGAAGCAUUUUAAAUGAAAAUCCUAAUGAAAGAAUAAGUUCUUAAUUAGCUUUAAACCAUCAAUGGUUUAAAAAAGAGAGAUUGUCAGAAGUUAUGGAAUUUAAAGCAAGUUAAAAGUUAAAGUAAUUAACAGAAAAAAACAGUUCAUAGAGAGGAUAGAUGAAAUCCUAUAAUUAAUAAGCACUCUCUCAGGAUGCAAGUCCUUUAAGUCCACAAUCUCCUCAAAUAACUAAAUUAUAAAGGUAAAAUUCAGAUUUUCGUAUUCGUGCAUAAUGCAAUAGUUUUAGUCCAGAAGUGAGUUAAUUUAGAAAAUAAUCCUCAUUUACAUCAAAGUCAAAUAGAAUUUCUUAAAAUCAAGUGAGUCCUUUGAAUGAUGAAAUAAAGAAAAGUAGAUAUUAAAUGAAAAAGUCCAUUUUUAAAAAUUGA